AGGAGUUGGAGGUUAGACAGAAACUGGCUUUGACAGAAACUUCAGCUUCCUUGUUCCUUCUCUUUUUGUCUCAUCUGCACCCCAGGAAAGUAGUGGUGUCUACUGUCCUUGGGGCUCCAGCUGCCAUCCACCAAGCUCCCCUGACCCAUGGAUGAGCUCCGCCUGGCCAAGCCACAAUGUCCCUGGCGUCACUGCCUCACUGGCCUGUUCUUCCAGCUGCUGCUGGCCAUAUGCUUCUUCUCCUACUUGAGAGUGACACAAGACAGCCCGGAUGGGUCCUUUUGGUCAGGCUCAAUGGCCACCAGCCCUGUCCCCACAGCCCCUGAUGCCUCGACAGUGACCUUUGCCCGCCGCCCUCUACUCAUCCUUCUGUGGACAUGGCCUUUCCACAGGCCCGUGGCACUGUCCCGCUGCUCGGAGUUGCUCCCAGGCAUGACCGAUUGUCACCUGACCCCCAACCGCAGUGUGUUCCCAUGGGCAGAUGCAGUCAUUGUCCACCACCGAGAGGUCAGCUACCAUCCCAAGUCCCAGUUACCCUCUUCCCCAAGACCAUGGGGCCAGCGCUGGGUGUGGUUCUCCAUGGAGUCCCCAAGUCAUUGCAGGCAGCUGGCUGCCAUGGACGGCUACUUCAACCUCACCAUGUCCUACCGAAGUGACUCGGACAUCUUCACGCCCUAUGGCUGGCUGGAGCCGUGGCCAGGCUCUCCUGUGGAGGUCAUGGUAAACCUCACAGCUAAGACCAAGCUGGCAGCCUGGGCUGUGUCCAACUGGAACGGACAGUCUGCUCGGGUUAAGUAUUUCCAGGUCUUGAAAAAUCAUAUCCAAGUGGACGUGUACGGCAGGGGACACCUCCCACUGCCCAGCGGGGUCAUGAUGGAGAGGCUAGCCCAGUACAAGUUCUACUUGGCCUUUGAGAACUCUCUGCACCAGGACUACAUCACCGAGAAGCUCUGGAAGAAUGCACUGGAGGCCUGGGCCGUGCCUGUGGUCCUUGGGCCCAGCAGAAGCAACUAUGAGCGAUUCCUGCCAGCCGAUGCCUUCAUCCAUGUCGAUGACUUCCAUAGUCCUCAGGACCUGGCCAGGUACCUGCUCGAGCUGGACGAGGACCACGUCCGCUACCUGAACUAUUUCCGAUGGCGGGAGGCACUGCGGCCUCGCAUGGGUAGCUGGGACCUGGCAUUCUGCAAGGCUUGCAGGCGCUUGCAACAAGAGGACAGGUACCAGACGGUACCCAGCAUGGCCUCCUGGUUCACAUGAGGUGGCCGGCCUGGGUGUCUCUUGCACAGAACAGAUGUUCUCUGCUGGAAUGUCACCUUGGUUACC